GCGUUCAACAAUUGUGCUGUGCAGACAACGCCACAGAUUCAACCAUCGAUAGCCAGAAAGACCAAGUGCAAGGGAAGAAUAUCAUUUCAUAUAUAUACAAAUAUAUAUAAAGAAGCAUUCCAGGAUGGAGCGUCUGCUGACCAUGUUCGAGCAGGCGGAUCCCUUCUCCACGUGGUGGCCAACGAUUGCGGCCCUCACGGUGGGCAUUGUGAUUACGGUGCGUACCUUAAUGAGCGGCCAGCGCUGUCCGAACGACAAUCAAAUCAAGGAGCAAAUCGUGGUGGUCACAGGCGGUAAUAGCGGCAUUGGCUUUGAAAUAGCCCAGGCCUUGGCGGGUCGGGGUGGCCGGAUAAUCCUGGCCUGCCGGAAUCUCCAGGCCGGCGAAAGGGCAGCUUCUAUUAUCAAACGUGAGCUGGGAUGCCGCACCCCCUUAAGUGCCACUGAUGAUGAUGACAAUCCGGCGGAUAGGUACUUUGUGGAAGCCCGCUAUCUGGAUCUCUGUUCGCUGCGCAGUGUUCAUCACUUUGCCGGCCAGCUGAUGGCGGAAUUCGAGCGGAUCGAUGUUCUGGUGAACAAUGCCGGUGUGGUCUUUGCCAACACUCAGGUGCCCACGGAGGAUGGUUUCGAGCGGCAUAGUCAGGUGAACUACUUGGCCCCCUUCCUGCUGACCCAUCUGCUAUUGCCACAUCUGCAACGCUCGGAGCAGGGACGCAUCAUUUUCGUUUCGGCCCACGCCCAUCAGGGGGCCAAAAUCGAUUUCGACGAUCCACUGAAUGUGGGCACCUGGUCGGUCAAGUUCCACGCCCGCGAAGCCUUCGCUCACUCAAAGCUCUGCGUUGUUCUGGCCACCCGUUGGAUGGCCAGGGAACUGAAAGGUACCUCGGUCACGGUUAACUGCUGUACUCCGGGACUCGUCCGUGGGACUCGCCAUUUUCGCAACUCACCGCUUAUGUCGUCCAUCUGCGUGAAGGCGGUCACCUACCCGUGGAUGUGGCUCUUUAUGAAGAACGCCUACGAGGGAGCCCAGUGCGCCAUUCGCUUGGCCACCGAUCCCCAGCUAAAGGAAGUCACCGGCGAGUACUUCAACGACUGCGAAAUUGCGGAAAGUUCGGAGACGGCCAAAGACAAGGAGUUAGCCAAGAAGCUGUAUAUGCAAACCAUAAAAACUCUCGAGAGCGUUACCAAACUAACCGUCGACAGGGAGGCGUUCGGCAUGGAUUUGGAACUGGAGAUGGAGUCUGAACUGAGGCUAGAGGCUCCGGCGGAAGCGGAAACGGAAACGAACCAGGGAGCGGAUGAGGAGGAUGAGAAGGAGCAAAAGCAGCCAUUGGAGUGAUUUAUGCCUGGCACGCGGCCUGACUUCUUCGGGGACUGCCAACUGCAACGUCUAUUUGCAUUUGGUUUAACAAUUGCCGCAUUAGGCAGCCUCCUUUUCCUUUUUUAUACGGCUCCUCGGCUUUAUAUAGCCCACCCAUGAAAUUACCCUCAGAAAUAAAUGCAACUUUAAUGUGA